AUGGAUAACUUCUUCAAAGGGAAGCUCCCGGGGAAGAUCGCGACGGUGUUCGCGCUGUUGGUGUUGUCGAGGGUGGGGACGUACAUUCCGAUCAGCGGCGUCGAUAGGGCGGCGUUCGCCGAGUCGCUGAGCGGCGGUGGUGGCGUGAUGGGAUACGUCGACACGCUCACGGGUGGAAGCAUCUCAAAGCUUGGGAUAUUCUCACUCGGGAUCGUGCCGUACAUUAACUCGAGCAUCAUCUUUCAGUUGUUGGGGAGCGUGUUCCCAGAGUUGAAGAAGUUGCAAAAGGAGGAGGGCGAGGCGGGAAGGAGGAAGUUCCAGCAAUAUCAAAGAUACGGUGCGCUUGGUUUUGCAAUCGUUCAAGCCGUCGGUCAGUGCUUGUACAUUCGUCCGUUUGUGGAGGAUUUCAGCCCGGUGUGGUUGUUCGAGCAGAGUUGCGCUCUCACCGCAGGCGCGAUGAUUCUCAUGUAUAUUGGCGAGCUCUUGAACGAAGUCAAGCUCGGUAACGGGACGUCCUUGUUGAUAUUUGCCAACAUUGUAAGCGCGUUACCGUCUUCCGUCGGCCAGACGAUAACACUCGCGCAGGAAAAGGGUGACGCCACGGUUCUGCCAGUGUUUUUUGGCGCGUUCGCGCUCACCACUUUGGGGAUUGUGUAUGUGCAAGAGGCGGAACGCAAGAUCCCCAUGAACUAUAGCACGCGCUUCAACGCCGGCGGCCUCGCCAAGUCUUCGUACUUGCCGUUCAAGGUGAACAGUGCUGGGGUUAUGCCCAUUAUUUUCGCCUCGUCUUUGCUCGCUUUACCCGCUACGUUGAGUCGAUUUACCGAUAACGGUGCGGUUCUUGGCGUGGCGAGAUUCCUCAGUCCCGGUGGCGGUGCAGGCUAUGUUCCGGUGAACGUGGCGAUGAUCUGCUUUUUCAACUACUUCUACACCUUCCUGCAGCUUGAACCGAAGGAUGUCGCGGAUCAGUUGAAGCGUCAAGGCGCCUCCAUCCCCGGUGUUCGCCCGGGGGCCGCUACGCGCGACUACAUCACACGCGUGCUCGAACGCCUUUCGGUACUCGGAAGCGUCUUCUUGGGUGCGCUUGCGCUUACUCCAGGUGCGGUUGAGCAAGUUACUGGUCUGCAAACUUUCCGCGGUUUCGCUGGUACUUCGCUUUUGAUUUUGGUGGGUGUCGCUACGGAUUCGGCAAGGAAGAUUCGCUCCGAGCUCGUAAUGGAGUCGUACGAUACCAAGCUAGACGAGUUCUACGGUUCGAAAAAGAAGUAG